CAUGGCUGACCAAACCACUCUUUUGAUCCCCCAUUAAUCCCCUCCCUUCUUCUCCUUUCACUAUUCCAUGAAAAAUGAGCGCUUCAUUAGAUUCCGACUCGGGAUUCGUCGACUCCAAAGAGGUGAGCAGAUUUGGGUAUGCGAUCGGAGUUUCCGCCAUAAUCCUCUUGAUUAUCGUCGUGACCGCAUUGGCUUCCUACGUUUGUAGCAAGGCUUUUCAAUCACCGCAAGCCCCGCCAUCAAAUAGCGACAUGAUCGAUCCCGAGAGCUUCUUUGUUGAUGACGGUGGUGGUCUUGAUGAGGAAACAAUUAAAAGCUACCCGAAAUUGACGUACUCCGAGGCUAAGCUAUUGAAGAAAGGUUCUACGGAUACGUGUUGUUCUAUAUGCUUGAAUGAUUAUAAGGGUAGUGAUAGUCUUAGCAUGUUGCCUAAUUGUGGACAUUUAUUUCAUCUUGAGUGUGUCGACCAUUGGUUGCGGUUGCAAUCCACGUGUCCCGUUUGUCGGACGUCUCCAAUCCUAACACCGUUGUCGAUGCCACCUGCCGAUGAUCACGUUGCUCCAUUGCCGAGCAGGCCCGGUGAUUGACAUGAAGAAUAGUGUUGUUUCGUACCUUUUUUUUCCCUCAAUUCUCAUUGCCAUUCAUGAAGUGUAAAAUUGCUGUUAACAUGAGGAUGGUAAAAAAGUUAUUUACCGUUCUCCUACACAUCUGAAUUUUGGAUUGCCACACACACAGAGCAAACGUUUUUAUGAAAAAUAAAUCUGUCCAUUUUGACUCCAA